CAGGUAAAGCUUGUAGUUAGAAUAUUUGUUGGCGCAUAAUGGGUGUCAGAGAGCGUGCAAGACUUGUUCAAUCAGAACCUCCGGAAGUUAUCGAGGUUUCUUCAAUCUCCAGCUAUUCAUCUCAGGAGUCGCUCAACUCAAAUAGUAAUAAAAAAAAUGAGCUGGACAAGCAAAAGGCAGCUAGAAGGAAUUUGCGAGGGUGGCUUCGAAAGAGCAAGAGGGCAACAGCUCCUACUGCUGAGUCUCAUAUGAAAGCUUCUAGUUUCAAAAAUAGCAGAAGAGCGGGAAGACUGAAGGGUCAAUUGUCCUGUCUAGCAGAAGUGACCGAGGAAGCAGAGCACGGGGGAGAGGCCAAGCCAUUAGACAUAUACUCUUUUGUAGACUCAACUGCAUCUGCUUUCACAUCUGUAGUCUCAGACCAAAAAUUACUUCAGGAUUGGCAUGAGAAACUGCAACAUGCCGUUCAGCAGAAAAUGUUAGACGAAGAGGAGGAGUCGUUUGAUUUCUGCACAGACUUCGUCACUAGCUCAGAACACAAUCUGGAAUUGAACCCAGAGUUGUGCUAUAGACGAAUUGGCAAAUCUGCGAGGACUCAGUUGCGAAUGCCUCACAAGCAUCAUGAAGCGUUGGUGAGUAUUGAGCAGGAGCUGGUGGACUGGUUCUCUGCCUUCCCAGACUCAGUCAUGAUCAAGUGCAUGCACUCGGGGUACGAAAGACUUCUGUUCCACUCUGUAUGUCGCUACAUGCACCUCUCAUCAUACAGUGUGGCGAAUGGAGAAAUGAAAUCGGUGAAUAGUUCUGGAGCACGCAAGACUUACGUGCAAAACAACCUAGACACCUUCCAUCCGCCUAAACUGUUGCUCUCAGAGUACCUCCCUAAAAUCAGUGGAUUAGUCAUCAAAGAUGAAACCACGGAAAAGGGAGAGAAGGACUCGUAGCAAAGCACCCAAGUAUUGGGCCCUAGAAAACUGAUUGGUAUAAUAAACUCAUGUUGGUGUAGCACCACUUAAACUUCAAGUUAAACGCACUCCACUCCUUAGCUAAACAUAUAAAUUCUGUGAAUAUAAUGCACUAAGUAAUAUGAAUCAAUAUUAGUUAUUGAAACCGCUUGUGAGCAAUCAAUGUCUGUUUAGUUCAUUCUCGAAAUUAACCCUAAAUUAGAUCAAAUGCCCUGCUUCAAUUGAUUGAUUUAAAAUCCUUCGAUUUAUGUUGGUGCCAUUUGUGAGUUUUAAACUUGAUCUCACUUUAAUAUUAUGAACUUCAAAUCACAUGUCUCGUAAAAACUUGUUCAAGUCGAUUGAAAACGAAGUUGGUUUAUUCACGUCAGUUAUUGUUUGAGUUUACAUAAUUUUGACGUCUUGCUCUAAAACGUGUUCGGUCUAUUGUGGAAAUAUACAAGACCAAUAAUAUUGAGAUGUGCCAGAUGAACUUGGUUAUUUUCAAAAUGGUAAUAGAUUAGCGUAGUUUUAGUUUCUUUAAAGCAUGUUUUGGUGAUAACUAACGUACUAUAAAUAUAAAAUAAUGAUGAUAAAAGCACUGAAUAAUGGCAAUACAUAAUUGAUAUUUUGCUGUGCAAAUAAAAUAGUUCAACAUCCAUUCAAUUUUAAAGAAUUC